GCUUCUUCUUAGUGCCAUUGAAGUGACUCAUCUCUAGGAAGUGGGGUGAAAAGGGAAAGAAAAAAAAAAGUUCGAGGUGUUCCGUGAGCGACAGAGAGAGCUCAGAGCAGAGUAAGUAGGCAAGGCGGCGGAAAAUAUUCAGAAGAUUAAAAACCUGCCUGAGUCACACUGACUGUUGACUUCAGGCUGAAGUUUGCGCACCUGAGAGGAUCUCUGAUAGCCUAGUCUACCUGAAAGCACAAUAGAAAAUACUUUCCUCACAGGGCUGCCUGACACAACCUGCAAUAUCUGUAAGAUGUUGUAGAUCAGGUGUCAUAAUUGCACUUUGAUAACUCGUUCUUGGAUACCUGAACAUCUCCAAUCAGAGGAUUUUUUUUUUCUUGCUGGUGCCUUUUAUUUUUACUGCGGGGGAAUUGUGUGUGAGAGAGAAAGGAGGAGAAACAAGAAGAAAAAAAAAAGCUCCAGAGCUUUAACAGUCCCCUGAAAUCUUCCUCUUUCCCGGAUCAUGUACCAGGAUUACUCCGGGAACUACGACACCUCGUCCCGCGGCAGCAGCACCUCUCCGGCCCAGCCAGAGUCCUUCACAAGCGGCAGCAGCACGAUCGGGAGUCCGAUAUCUACCUCAAACUACCAGAAGUACAGGGUUGACAUGCCUGGCUCCAACAGUGCCUUCAUCCCUACAAUCAAUGCAAUCACAACCAGCCAAGACCUGCAGUGGAUGGUGCAGCCGACCGUCAUCACCUCCAUGUCCAACCCGUACUCCCGCUCCCACCCGUAUGGACAUCACCUGACCAACGGGCCGAGCCUGCUGCCGCACAACACACUGGCCCGGCCCGGGGUCAUCCGCUCCACUGGCGACCUCAGACGGCGCAAGAGGGAGGAACAGCUGACCCCGGAGGAAGAGGAGAAGCGGAGGGUGAGACGGGAGAGGAACAAGCUGGCCGCAGCCAAAUGUAGAAACCGCAGGCGGGAGCUGACGGAGAUGCUGCAGGGGGAGACUGAGAAGCUGGAGGAGGAGAAGGCAGACCUGCAGAAGGAGAUCGAGAGCCUGCAGAAGGAGAAAGACAAGCUAGAGUUCAUGCUGGUCGCCCACAACCCCGUGUGCAAGCUGCCCGUCGACGAGCGCCAUCAGCAGUCCAGCCACCACCAGCAGCAGCAGCAGCAGCAGUGCAACCCGCUGCAGCUCACCAUGCGCCCCAGCCUGAACCCGCGUGCACAGAUGAACCAGGUGGUGGUGAAGCAGGAGCCCGAGGACAUAGAGGAGAAUGUGGGCAAGCCUCAGCGCUCUGUCAUUAAGCCCAUCUGCCUGGGAGGCGGCGGCAUCAGCGGUGGGAUGUACUGCCCGGACGGAGACAGCCUCAAUACGCCGGUGGUGGUGGCGUCCACCCCGGCAGCCACGCCAAACGCCCAAAACCUCAUAUUCACCUAUCCCAACAUGAUGGAGCCCGAGAGCCCCUCGCCCUCUUCUGAGUCCUGCUCCAAAGCCCACCGGCGCAGCAGCAGCAGCGGCGACCAAUCCUCCGACUCCCUCAACUCACCCACGCUCCUGGCGCUCUGAGUCAGCCGGGGCGGGGCGCCGAGGCCCAGCUGGGAAACAAACACUGUGGUUGAAAACAACGAGGACAGACUGCCCCUCCAUCCCGAGGCCCUCUGGUCUCGCUAAAGCACAUUGAAAAAGUCCAGACCAAGCUGACCGUGUGAGCCGGUUCCCCCUCCUGAUGAGAGGCAAGGGAGGUCAAGGAGGGGGAGACCCGUAAGGGCUACGCCGCGUUUCUUCUUCUUCUACUUCUUCAGCGUGAACGUUUUUGUAUCCAUCAACGUGUGUGCAAUCAUCCGCCAUCCCUUCAGCAUUUCAACUGCAGAGUGUUGAUUUGUUUACUGACAUUUCCGACAAAAAAAGGAAAACACAACCAUCCAGAGAGCGACUUGUUAAUAUAUUUUUCUGAAAACACCUAAAAAGCCAUGCGGUCAACGCUUGCACUCUGCUGAUCAAUCUAUAACAAAUCACCAAGCGAGGUCAGCAUUCUGCUGGGAUUUCUGCAGAGAGGCCAAGACUCUCAUUUUAUUUUAUUUUUUUCCUCUCAGACUCUUAUGACUCAAUUCAGGACAGAGUGCACACUUUCUCAUGUUAUUUCCAUCUCUCUCUGUGUAUUUAUGACCUGUGCUGGUGGAAUUUUCUUGUCCUCUCCUUUAAAUCUGCAAGGUGACCCGAGGGUGACCUCAGCAUUACAGAGAAUUUGAGCCAUCCAGCUCCUCAAUACUUUCUCUUCUUUGCCAUAGUGGCUUGAAUUUGCAGUAGUAGUGUGUGCUUUUUUUUUUUCUUCCUUGGUGAUUCUGUACCUGAACCCUGUUUUUUUUUUUGUUUUUUUGGACAAAGUGUAUGUGAUUUACAUUGAUGUCAGGGAUUAUCUCUCAUGUGUUUUAGUAGAACCCCCGUCGUUCGUGACGAGUGACUGUGGCAGAGGUGGUACUUUAAAAAAAAAGAAGAAAAAAAAGAUUUAAUUUAAUUGUUGUGAGUCGUUUUCUGCUCCGACAUUUGACAAAAACCCAGAAAAAACAAAAAAACAAAGUUUGAACCUCCUCCGCUUCAUUCUCUAAAUAAACAUCCUUUUGUUCCGCCGCUGCCUUCUCAGGGGCCGCUCGGGUUUCAAAAAGCCAAAUCCGUUUUUUCUCGGCACGUGUAAAUCCUGUGUUUCAUCAGUCCUUGUCUAAAAUAGAAGGAGGGAUUUUUGGUCAAACUUGAACAAAAGCCACGGUGGUCCAGAUUGUCGCCAGCUGCCAAAUGAUGUCAACCCUGUUUAUAGAUUUAAAUAUGUAUAGGCUAUAUGGUGUUUGUAAAGCAGUCACUUUUAGUACAACAAAGAUGUUUAAACCCAACUCAGACGGGCUGGUUUCUGGGUGCAGGAGGUACUUUAGACGACGAAGAAUAGGAUGAAGAAGACUCUCUCUACAGCUGGUCUGACGUGAAAGAGCAAACACUUUGAAGAACUUCUUGUUCAUCAUUUGUAUAUGUUAAAGGGAAGUGGGCUUGGGCUAUCAUGCACUGACAGAACAGCGAUAUUUUCCAUAUAUUUAGUUUACUCAAAACAUUCCAUAUGAAUUUAACGUGACGGGGUUUGAACCCAAACAUCCCUUUUCUUUUUCUAAUGACAAGAACUUGAGAUGAUUCUGGAUGCAGAGGACUACAUUUUAAAGCCAAUCCAAGCUGCUGCUAUUCGUUUAGAAAGAACUUGUCAGCUGUUUUUGAUGUAAUUUUAAUUUGACUGGCUGUUUUAAAUCAACGGGGGUCUUUAAUUUGGCUGGACAGCACAAAGGGAGAGAUCUGAGAACCAAAACCGCCUAAAUGUCUGUAUGUCGGAGUGUUCUGGAGCCCCCUCUCCACACACAUAGGAAAGCCAUUGACUGUAGAUGUUCUACUGUAUAUGUCAUCUGCUGUCUGUCGCCUGUUGAACUACAAUUUCUUCUUCUUUUUGUUUUCCCAAAUGCUUUAACUGUUCAAAAUGAUUCAAAAUGAAUAAAAACAGCAAUAUGUAUAGCAGUGUUUGUUAAUUUAAAAGAGUAAUAAUAAAAUAAUUUUCAUCUUGGAAA